GCCAGCAGAGCACCUGUCAGGGACAGCUCCCCUGUGCAGGUGCCAGGCAGGUGGCUCCGGCCGAGCCCAGCCCCAGCAUGAGCUCCUUCGACCUCCCAGCACCCUCCCCACCUCGCUGCAGCCCCCAGUUCCCCAGCAUCGGCCAGGAGCCCCCCGAGAUGAGCCUUUACUAUGAGAACUUCUUCCAUCCACAGGGCGUGCCCAGCCCUCAGCGGCCCCCCUCCUUCGAGGGGGGCGGCGAGUACGGGGCCACCCCCAACCCCUACCUCUGGCUCAAUGGACCGGCCAUGACUCCGCCACCCUACCUGUCGGGCUCCAACACCAGCCCCUUCCUGCCCCAGGCCUACGGUGUGCAGAGGCAGCUGCUGCCAGGCAUGUCUGGGCUGGGGGGCGGCGACCUGGGCUGGCUGCCCAUCCCCUCGCAGGAGGAGCUGAUGAAGCUGGUGCGGCCCCCCUAUUCCUACUCGGCUCUCAUCGCCAUGGCCAUCCACGGGGCGCCCGACAAGCGGCUCACCCUCAGCCAGAUCUACCAGUACGUGGCCGACAACUUCCCCUUCUACAACAAAAGCAAGGCCGGCUGGCAGAACUCCAUCCGCCACAACCUGUCUCUCAACGACUGCUUCAAGAAGGUGCCCCGCGAUGAGGACGACCCGGGCAAAGGGAAUUACUGGACCCUGGAUCCCAACUGUGAGAAGAUGUUCGAUAACGGAAACUUCCGCAGGAAGAGGAAGAGAAAAUCAGAUGUCUCCUCCAGCACGGGAUCCUUGGCCUCGGAGAAAACAGACAGCAGCCUCCUGGCGGGCAGCCCGAAGACCGCAGAGGCCCAGGACAUCUUGGACAGUGCGUCACCAGGCACCACGAGCUCCCCAGAGAAGCAGUCCUCACCUCCCCCGUCGGGUACCCCAUGCCUCAACAACUUCCUCUCCACCAUGACAGCCUAUGUGAGCGGUUCGAGCCCGGUGAGCCGCCCUGUGGCAACACCAGGACUGAGCCCUGAGCCCGCUGACAAGAUGGGGCAGAACUUGCUGAACUUCAGCUCCUACACCCCACUCACCAACCUCAGCAGCCAUGGGGGCGGGGGCGAAUGGGCCAACCCCAUGCCCACCAACGCUCUCGGCUAUGGAGGCUCUGUCCUCAACCAGUUCAGCCCUCAUUUCUACAACAGCAUCAACACAAACAGUGUCCUCUACCCCAGGGAGGGCACUGAGGUUUAGAACAGAACAGCUCCUGAACCACAUGGACAUGCAUGGGAGGAAAGCAGUUGAGGCCUCCCAUGCCAGCAUCGCUGUGGUCCAAGACUCUCAACUACCCAGGCAUACACAGGAAGCUCAGAGCAAUUCAUCCUUCCCCUAGAACAUUGUGUAAACCUUCUGUUUAUCUCACAUACGUCCACACACACACUCACCAACUUUGCAGUGGAAAUACUGGUGCUCCUGAUAGCAGUAAUCAUGGCAGCCAUUUGUUGAGUACUUCCUAUGUGCCAGGUGCUAUGCUAGGCUCUUUAAAGGCAUGAUCACACUUACUAUUUACAGUUACCCUGUGGGGUUCAAAUGAACCUCCUCCUUUAACAGAUGAGGAUACUGAGGCUCUAGGAAGCUAAGUAACUUCACAGGAUUAUACAGAUUAGUAAGUGACAGAGUCAUGAGUUGAGUCUGGGUCUGUAUGACCCCCAGAGUUUGGGUGAACAAAGGCAGGAACGGAACAAUUGGUUGAACAGUCAAGGCAGGUCAGUGUGUCAGCUGCUUAUAAGGCAAGCACAUCCACUGCCCUAUGGCUGUCCAUCAAAAUUUAGCCCUGGCCCCAGGCACAUCUCAUCCUGCUCCAAGUCCUUGUUCUGGGGCUCCCAACUUACCUGUAGGCACUUCUUUUGCUGCCAUUCAGGAGGAAAGCCCAAGCUCAUGCCCCUGAAGGACAGUGUGUCCCACCUCUCCCCACAGGGGGACAUCACUUCCCCAGCCCCGGAGACCUUGAGCAGGGCAGGGAGAGGAGUCACGUACCCCAUGCCCCCCACCCCAGCACUGUCCACUUACAAAAUCUUGUAAAGCCCAGCUUCCUGUGUUCAUGUCAUGGACCAGUGAGCUGAAAGUGGCUGAGUCUUCCAAGAGAAACAAGGCUGAAUGAGCGCUUCCUUUUUUAUAGCCCGGGAGAGGUGAACGUCUGAGGAAACAAAGCCUCAAGGGAGGGACCUAUAGCCCACUGCACAGGGGUCCAUGCCUGCAGAUCCUGGGACUUUUUUCUCAUUUUUAUAUGUAUUUACAUGCCCGUGAUGUGUCAUCACAGCAUACCCUGGGAAGUGUUUUUGUUUUCUCAUUUUCUUUUUAAUUAAAACAAAAACAAAAACAAAAACAAAAACACUGUGCAUGUCCCUUCCUUUUGAGUUUUCCUGUCUCUUAGCUGCUGGUCGACUAAUCAUGGAGCCAAGUGCAGCCUGGAGCUGAAGGUUUUGGGGCCAGGAGACAGAGAAAGAAUGGGCGUCGAGGAUUCUGUCUUCUUUGCCACCAACGUGGAGAUGGGACAAAUGUCCCCAGUGAAAAGAGGGGCACU